AUGAAUCUCACUAAUCCAAACUCUAUUUAUGUUUCUGCUUUCCUUAACUUCAAAGGAUAUAAGAAAUUUAGGGUACACAGCUUUGUAGACACAGGUGCAUCCUUAUGUCUUGCAAGCAAGUUCAUCAUUCCAGACGAACUAUGGGAAAAUGCUCCCAAAGAAAUUAUCGCAACUAUUGCAAAUGGUGACACUAUAGAAAUUAAUAAAGUUUGCAGGAGCAUUAAUCUCGAGGUUGCAGGUGAACAUUUCAACGUAAUUGAUGUUGUAAUUGGCAACAACUUCUGUCAAGUCUAUGGACCAUUUAUACAAUGGAUAGAUAGAAUUGCCUUUCAUCUUAACAAUGAUAUGGUAAUUAUAAAAAAGGUUACUGAAGCUUUUAGUAAAGGAAAACCAUGUUUUCUUGAAACCCAGGAAAAGGGUUCUAAAGAAAAACAAAUUCCAGGUACCAAUAUAACCCAAUAA